AUGGAGCACUCUUCACCUCUAGCUGCCAUGCAGCCUCCGUCAGUCAUGUUUGGUCAUUGUUUCCGCUCAGAAGCACCGUCAUAUUCUUUGGGUGCGAUGUCUGGUUUUGGUGGAAAUCCGUUCAACUUCAAAGACCUGUCUAUGAAGAAGUCGAACUCGGACUACUUCAACAUGAAGCCUAUUCGGGGAUCGUCACCUACUGCCAGUUUGGCUGCAGACCUUUCACAGAACUUCCACAUUGAUCAGAGUCCCCAAUUAGCCACCCCAAGACGGUCUUUGUUCACGUCCAAUGAUGUUAUGACCACCCCUCCUUUGCCAUCGUCUUCACCAGCUCCCGCCAUGGAUGUUAUGGAACUGUCACCUCUCCCACACAAGAAGCCGACAUUUGUCGUUACAACUGAGAUCGAACUUCAGUCACCUACACCUGAGUGCAGUCCAAUGGAAUCUCCCCUCGGUUCCCCGCUCCCAAGUCCGCUUCAGGCGUCUCCAAUGGAGUCACCUCUUUGCCAACCUGAGCGAAGACGCCCUACCUUUCUGCGCCCUAGUCUGGCCAGAAGCAAGGCCCAGUCGUUCCAACUUGGCAUGACCCGGCCGGCACCAGAGAGCAAGGCACCGCCGUUCCGCUUCGGUACUGGAACCAAGACUUCCCUCAGCACUUCUACUUCGUUGGAAGAUAUGUUUGGUGACUCGCCUCCCCGUGAGCGUCCAAUCUCCCGGAACAAUUCUUCAGAGCGUCUGGCACCGCCUCGUCUGCGGCCGCCAUUCCACGCGCGUAACAGCGGUUCGCCCGCACCCAGUUCGAUCCGCAAGCCCUCUCAUCCCUUGAUGCGUCCCCGCAAGCAAUGUCGGAGAUCAUUGAGCAUGUUUGAGCACCCAGCAGAUGUUAUUACCGAUAGAGAGGCCAAGGUAGCGACAAAUACACCCGUCCAGUCCAUCAGUGACAUUCAGAGUCCGCCCAGCAUGAAGCUUCCUCACUUUAUCCCCGAGGAUCGUGCGGACUCAUUACCUCGUAUCGAAAAAAGCACUCUUCUGGAACUCAUGAAUGGCAAGUUCAACGACCAGUUCGACAACAUCCUGAUCAUCGAUUGUCGCUUCGAGUACGAAUAUGAAGGAGGCCACAUUGAUGGCGCAGUCAACUAUAACGACAAGGAUCGUCUCGCCAGUGAACUGUUCAGUGCUCCCCAGGCUCGCACCGCUAUUGUCCUGCACUGUGAAUAUUCCGCUCACCGCGCUCCCAUUAUGGCCAAGUACCUUCGUCACCAAGAUCGUGCGAUCAAUGUUGAUACUUAUCCCAACCUUACAUAUCCCGAUAUGUACAUUCUUGAUGGAGGAUAUAGCUCGUUCUUUUCCGAGCACCGAUCCUUUUGUUUCCCCCAGAACUACGUCGAAAUGAGUGACAAGGAGCACGAAUUCGCCUGUGAGCGUGGCCUCGGAAAGGUCAAGCAACGCUCUAAGCUGAACCGUGCCCAGACUUUCGCUUUUGGUGAACACUCUCCUCAAAUGGAGGAUAGCCCCACUGGUCGUUGCCGUCUCGGUGACGAUGAGCGGAGCCGCUUCUUGGAUUCUCCAUUCUCCGCAAGCUCAUUCUCUGCCAGUCCGGUCCCUGUCCGGACUCCUGGCCGCAGAAUGCUUUCUUACUAA